AUGUUGCCCUCCCAACCACAACAGCAACAGCAACAACAAUAUUCAUUGAUCAAUCAAGCUGCUCAGCUCAUGCAAACACCACCACCAACCUCUCCAUGGAUCAAUCCGUUCUUUUCUCCAAUGAUGAAUCAACGAGUCGUUUGUACUCAAUGUAAAAACGUUCAAGAUGUAUUCGUUCCUCCGACUCCACUAAGUUCCGAUCCGAAUACUCUUGAUGAAAGUUUUGUAUUUCUGAGUGAUUUCAAUUCUCCUACAGCAUCCAUUAUGGACACUUUUCAAAGCAAUAGUAAAAGUAUAGAGAGAAUUGAGGAAAUUAAUUACAUGAUUGAUGAAUUAUUGGAGAAUGGAGAAAAUUUGGAUUCAAUUUUACAUCAGCAAUCCCUGUGUGGAGCUUGUUUGAAAGAUUUGUUUGAAGAACUUUCGAAGAGAGAGGAUUUAUUGAAGAGAGAAUGUGAUGGAUUCGAGAAAAUGUUAAAAGAAAAGAAAUUACCGUCAAAGGAAGCACUUGAAUCAAAUGCUAACAAGUAUAAACAAGAAAUGGACAAGCUGCGAAAUGAAGAAUUUGAAGAGAGAGAGAAGAUUUUACUUUUCCACACCGACAGACAGUGUCGCCUUGGACGAAAGGCGAUGAAUUUACAAAAUGAAAUCAAUGCACAACAAGAAACAGAAAAGGGUUACUGGAAGGCUUACUUUGAAUAUUUGGACAAUAUGCAAAAUGUAUCAGAAGACAAUAGGAGAAUACAGCUGAGAAGUAGCAAGAAGAAAUUUAAUCCUGCAAAAUUAUUUUCAAUUCAUGAAAAUCCAAGCCGAAUAAUGAUGAUUAAUGGCUUGAGAAUGGGGACGUUGCGAACUGAACAAGUUUCAUGGGACGAAAUUAAUGCUGGAUGGGGCUUGUGUGCUCUCUUAAUUACCAUGAUUGCUCAAAAAUUAUCCAAAUUUAAAUUUAGCAAGUACAAAAUUACUCCUAAAGGAAGUCACACCACUGUCAAAGAAUUGGAGAGCGGAGAGAAAUAUGAUCUAUUUUACUCCUCUAUAAGAAAUUUAAAUUCCUUCAACCAAGGAAUGAAAAGUUUUCUAUUUUGCUUGAAGGAGCUUAUUUCAUAUGCAGCAAAAGCAAUUCCUAGUUGCAUGGAAUUGUCUAAAAACGUGCACAUAGACGACGAUAAGAUCAGUGAAAGAAGCAUUAUUUAUAGUGACCAAAAAGAGAAUGAAUGGACUGGAUCCCUGAGAAUGGUGAUGGUCUCUCUCAAGUUUUUACAAAAAAAUGUUCUCACGUAA